AAACAAAAAAAAAAAAAAAAAAAUAGCAAAACCCGACAUUGUUCCUGAAUUUCCAAUUAUGGUAGAUGCUCCUGAGACGCACUCCCUAAUGUCAAAAAUCAUAGAGUCUUUUGAUUAUCCUUUUUUCUUUCAAUUCUUUUUUUUCCUUUUCUUCUUUCUGUUCGCAGGCAUGACGUGUUGUCAAAGACUGAGUAAAGGCUAUGUUAUCACCACCAAUCUCUUGUUUGCGUGUUUCGGCUUCGGGUUAAUGAUCUUUGGCGUCAUGGGUUUCCAGCAUCGUUUCGACGGAUCGGUGCUAUUUCCCGUUAACAUUCUCAAAAUGAUCAAUAUUCUCGGUAUUAUCAUCACGUUCACCGCCAUUAUCGGCAUUAUCGGCGCUUUUCUUCGAGGACGACAGACGAUCCACAUUCUUUACACGGCGAUUGUUCUCAUCGCUUUCGUCUACCAAAUAUCCAUUGCCGUCAUCGUUUACGAUCAGACAGCCCACAUGGGCACCUGGUUGAGCCAUAUUUGGUACGAAUCACCCACGGAAUAUCGGGCUUACGCACAGGACAAACUAUCAUGCUGUGGUUUCUCGCACGUCAUGGACCACACGGCGGUUUCGAAAACAUGCUCACUCGAUAUGCCACCCAACGCCAUUCAGCCGUGCCAUCUUCCCCUGACCGCCUACACAAAAAAGCAACUGAGCACCGUUUACAUCAUCUUAUUUGCGGCUCUUAGCAUCGAAUUACUUGCACUGUGUAACGCCAUCACUUUACUCUGUUCACCCAUGGUCGGCGACAGACCGGACCUUGACGACGAUCCGGAACACUUUCAUCGUCGGUCUCCCUCGCGACGCAUCUUUAAAUCCAACGCUGUAAAUAACACCAUUCAGCUGGAUGAUUUCCAAUCCAAUCCAGAGUGGAAGUCAUCUGGACAACGAUCCAUGGUCGACUCAGCUAUUGCGAAUUCCUGCAAAGAGUCUGACGGUCAUUCCUCUUUCAUUCAAAAACAUCCCUGAGUCCUGCUUUUUUUUCAAUCACCGAUCGUAUUAUUUUCAAUUUUCGUGAAAAAAGAUGCAUGUGAUUGAUGCAUCCGCUGACUGAACCUGGAAAAGUUUCACCGUCCGCUACAAAAAGCCUUUGUCAGCCAAUUUAAUAAAGAAUAGCCGAC